AUGGCUGCGCCCGUGUCCCCGCCACUGGGGCUUUUGGAUGGCGCCUCGCACCCUGCGCCAGUGCCCCGUGCGCCCCCGGAGCCCCCCAGGGACGCAGCCCCACCGGCGUCGCAGCGCCGCAAGCGAACGUCGUUCAGCGCCGAGCAGUUGCGCCUGCUGGAGCUAGUCUUCCGCCAGACCGCGUACCCCGACAUCCGGCUGCGCGAGCGCCUGGCGGUGCGCACGAGGCUGCCCGAGGCGCGCAUCCAGGUGUGGUUCCAGAACAGGCGUGCCAAGUCCCGGCGACAGAGUGGGAAAUCCUUUGAGUCUGCAGUCAGGAGAGAGCUUUUCCUCCACCCCUCAGCUCCUGGGGCUGAGGCAAAGUGUUUGAAGCCACCGCUGCCACCACCACCACCACCACCACCACCACUACCACCACUACCACCACCACCACCACCACAGCCACCCCCGCAGGCACACCUGAACUGUCUGCCUCACCCUAGUUGGGCUACAGGGGGCAGCUCUGACUGUUGCUCCCAAGCCCAGAAUGUUGAAUCCUAUUCUGCCCUCACUGAAGAUGUGGGCUCAAAGCUGGACUCAUGGGAGGAGCAUAUCUUUUCCACCUUUGGUAACUUUUGAGAAUUCUGAGAGGAUUGGGGAAAAGCUCAGGAACAGCUGGGAGACACUAGAGCACUGGCCCAUCUAGCUUGCCUGUCAACAGGCCCCUGUAGAGCUUGGUGACAGUGGACAGCCCUUUCUUAUCACAGAAGCUUCCUCUUCUUACACCAGUGACUCUUCAUGGCC